ACCGCAAGAGUGCGGAGUAUGGCACGGAGGGAGACGUGCUGAGACGCUGUUGACGUGUUUUUGCGUCGUUUUGUGCAUUUUAUGCACUGAAUGGUGAAAAGAUAACAUUUUAUAUUUUAAGCGUCCUGUUAGCUGCGUAAAGUCUCCUCUAUUCGGGGUUUGUUUGGUGAGUGAAUUGACUGAAUCCUGCAGAAUGGCGGAGAGGGGCGCACAUCUGACCACAGCUGCAGCUGAAAACAGGCCAUCCAUUUUUGAAGUUUUGGCUCAGGACUCCUUAAUGAGUGCUGUCAAGCCUGCAUUACAGCACGCCGUUCAGAUCUUGGCUGAAUCCAACCCUGGUCGAUAUGGAAUCCUCUGGAGGAACUUUGAUGAGAUCUAUGUCAUCCUGGACCUGCUGCUGCAGCACCAUUUUCUGUCACGUACCAGUGCAUCCUUUUCUGAAAACUUCUAUGGCCUAAAGCGCGUUGGUGCAGACAGUAUUCGACCAGCCCACCAAGGCCUCCGUUGUAGGCAGCACUUACGCUCCCUACUUUUCCUUGCCCUUCUCCCUUACCUGCGAACCAAACUGGAAAAGGUUCUGGCUCGCCAGAGGGACGAGGAUGAUUUCUCCAUACGCCUGCCCCAGUCCCUCGCUCAGAAGAUGUACAGGGCCUUCCUGGCUGCCUAUCCUUACGUAUGCAUGACUUGGAAUGGUUGGACCUUUUUCCAUCAGCUGUUGUACAUUUUUGGCAAAACACAGACACACUCGCCUCUCCUGUGGCUGGCGGGGAUUAAACUGUCCUAUCUCACAGCACAUGAUAUUCGCAGCUUGGAUCUCAAGCCAGCAGGUCCUGCAUUGAGCCCCAGCCAAAGAAUUGGGGAGAAGCUGCAGCGGGUGUUCUCUACGCUAGUUGGAGGUGUGGCAGUAUCCCUCUCCACCAGUCUCUCUUUGGGCGUGUUCUUCCUUCAGUUUCUGGAGUGGUGGUAUUCAUCAGAAAACCAGAGCACUAUAAAGUCUCUCACAUCCCUCCCUACACCUCCACCCCCGCUUCAUCUAGAGGACCAGGACUCUUCACCCACACACACCAAAGUCUGCCCACUCUGCAAGAAAGUGCGCACCAAUGACACAGCCCUGGCUACCUCAGGCUAUGUUUUCUGCUACCGGUGCAUAUAUGUGUAUGUGAAGGCCAACCACCGGUGUCCCCUAACAGGAUAUCCCUCUGAACUGCAGCACCUAAUCAAAAUAUAUUCACCAGAGGGGUAGAUUGAACUGAUUUGCUUAAAAACUGAUUUUUAAGUAGUAUAAAUCAUACAUUUCCUGGUAAAGCACUUAUGAGACAUACGGUUAACAAAGUAUGUGUUAAGUCUUUUGCUACUUUCAGGUGGUGUCGAUUUUAUCAGAAAAAAGUAUCCUGUCAUCGGCAUGAGUUGGGCUGUCAACACAGUUUUCAUCAUGACAGUGGAAAGAAGUGAAGUGAGCAAAGUAAUCAAAUAAUGCAUUAUCAACAUUAUAAAUGGUACUGGCAAAGCACAUUUUUUUAUAGCUAUGCAUUUGGCAUGAAAAAAAACUUAGCUUCAUUCAGCAACUGCCCAGUGACUUCUAUUAUAAGUCAAAAAGAUUGCUGUUCUUUUCUAAGUAGAGGGGAACCUGUUUAAUUUAUUGUUGCUGGUAACUGAUGCUACAGACUGAGUAACAGCAUAGUAUUCCUUGAAUUUCAUGAUUGUUUACAUCUCCAGGUGAUUUACUGUUGACUUGUUUUAAGGCAUUCCAAAACAUUAUUCAACUACAUCAAUUUUAAUGAAGAACUGUUAUUCUAAACAUUCUUUAUGGCUCUGGCUUGAACCAGAAGUGUUAAAGCUAAGGCCCAUCCCUGGAAAUCUACUGCCCUGAAGACUUAAAUGUAGGAUUGGAAUGAAACCUUAAGAGCAGGGUCAGAACAUGAAUGAAAAACAAAUGUGACAAAGAACAGAACCCGUGCUAAUAAUAGAGCUAAUUUUAUAUUGAACUUUUUUUAUUGAAGAACAAGUCAACACAGUUGAUUUAUUUUAACAUGAUUUAAUCCAACUUGUUUUGGAAUUGGUCAUUCAAACAAAUUAAAGUAUUAUAAAUAUCCUUCUGCUCUCGUCUUGCCUAAAUAAUCUAAGACGAAGUAAUGGAAGAAAAGGGUCUCAAAUGUCAAAACACAAAGAUCAAGGUGAUUUCCUGUUUAACUGGCAGAACAUGAUUCUUUUGGGAAAGUAGUCCCUGUACUUAAUGCUUGCCAGUGAAGUUGCCUGAAACCUCUUGAACUGUAUCACUCUGCAAAAGUCAGUCACCCUCAUGGGGAUUUGAAAAAGGUUCAGUGACAACCUUC